GAAGACGAAAAUUUGACUGAGUGCCUCUCUUGUUGCCUUACUUUAUUACUUAUAUCUGGAGUAUUAGUGAUAAAGUUUGUAGACCACUUUAUAUAGAAAUCACUUGUUCGGUGAUCCACUGAUGCUGUUAUACACUUAUACAUUUCCAUUUCCCCUUUGAAUUCCUAUUUAAUUAGUUAUCUCCUAUAAGCAGCAGAGCAGCACCAUCCAAAAUUGACAGGCAGAAAUUCAACUAACUACGGUACAAAAGCAGCCAUGACUAUCAAAAGUCGUUUCAUAGUAUCGUUGUAUUUUCUAAGCUUAGCCAGCACACACGUGAUGGCGCAAAAAGUUCUAUCAAAAGCUUCCCCACCUCCUCCGUGGGAUAAUUACAACUAUAUCCCCUAUUACAGGAUACUUUCACUUGCUGUGAUUUUAGUCAUCAUCUGUGCGAUAUCAGUGGUACUCUUUAAGAAAAAAUAUGUUGAUAGACAUGGAUUAAUGCUUUCUCUUUGGACGGUGAUGUUGUUCGGUAGUGAUGUUAUAGAUGCUUGGGAUUUACGUUCAGUAAUUGCUUUUGUAAACUGGCUUCACAUCCUGGUUAAUACACUUGGAUUGUCUUAUUGGAUAGGACUCGGUGUUAGAAACUACAAAAAGAAACACACAUGGCCGCCAGCCGACAUUAUGUUCGAAAUUGGGGUGUGGUUUUGCAUGUUCAUUUUGAGCUGGAUUGAAAAUGCUAUAAGGGGCAUACUUCGGAACAGACAAUAUUUUCGAAUUUACAACUGGUAUGGCAUUGCGAUCGCUUUUGUUUCGAUGAUUGAAAAUUAUUGGAUGAGAAAUAAGGAAAUGAAACUCGAUCAGUGGGAGUCCUGCUUUCUGAAUGAUGUGGAAGAUGGCUUUGAUUAUCUCAUACUUAUCUGUGUCGAAAAAUAUCACAGUGGUAAUAUAAUUGAAUUUGAUAAAAGAGUGAAUGAAUUUGCAGGAAUGUUAUCUGUUUUAAUAGCACAAAAGAGGGAGGUACUGGUGGUGGCUCAGUAGCAUGCUUCAGAGCAAGUCUAUCGAAUGGGGAACGAUGGACUAUGCCGGCGCGGCUAAUAUAUUGAAUUGAGAAGAAAAUGAAAUAGAACUGCAAUUAUUGAAUACAUCUGCUAUCUAAUUUUACAUAUUUGUACUUCGUAUUAAGUAAGUUAACGAAAUAUUACAUUUAAGAGCUAACAACGGCCCAAAAGUUAAUAAGAAGAUGCAAUCUAGUCAUUGUUGAUUAUUCUUGAAUUGAUAUGCCCCGCCCCCUGCCCCCCUCAACUCGCUCAAGAUGAGCAUUUAUGUAUGUCUAACAAAGCAUUUCCAAGAGCUUUUGUGUAGAUGUCUGCAAUUUGAAAACUAUUUUCAAUA